AUGCCCUACAGCGUGACUCUAAAAGGACCUUCCCCAUGGGGCUUUCGUCUGGUCGGGGGACGCGACUUCAGCACACCGCUGACUAUCUCCAGGGUGACGGCCGGCAGCAAGGCGGCCCAGGGAGACCUCUGUCCGGGUGACACCAUCCUUGCCAUCAACGGUGACGUCACAGAACACAUGACCCACAUGGAGGCCCAGAACCGCAUCAAAAACUGCACUCAACAGCUCACGCUCAUCAUCAGCCGGUCGGGAUCUGGAGAACGAGUGUGGUCGCCGGCGGUUAGCGAAGAUGGCAAGACGAGCCCUUACUUGGAAUCUGAAUUGCAGAACUUCAGACCUAUCACCAGCGGCUACACAAACUACAGCCGCAAGCCCUCAUACACCCCCGAACCACAGCCCCCACCACCCCCGCUGCUCCCCAUGCAUCAUCAGCACCAUCAUCAUAAUCAUCAGCAGCAGCAGCAGCAGCAUCCCACCAACCAUGCGCUCAACGGCCAUUCCAAGACAAACAAUGGCAAUGGUUAUGCGUACGGCAAUGGCAACGGACACACUCAGUACAACAAUCCGUCCCCACUGUACGCCCCCAACAACAGCAACGGCGACAGAUCCCUUCAUGGCAAAAUGGGUGGGCUCAACCUUAGCGCCCCUCACAGCCCUGAGCCUCCCGCGCCUUCUCCCGUCCAAAGCCGCGAUGGCGUGGACACGCACUCGCACGUCUACAAGAUGCUGACGGAUUAUGAGGAACCUUUGUCAGAGCCCAAGCAGUCUGGAUCCUUCAAGUACCUGCAGGGAAUCCUGGAGGCUGAAGAUGGAGGCGUUUCCCCAACAGAGAGGAUGAGGAACCUGAAGUCUCCAGUGCGAUCGCCCGUUCCCAAGUUGGGAAGCCCGCUCCCGAGCGGCGUGCCCGGCCUUCAGAAGCUCCCACAGUGUACGCGCUGUUCUAACGGCAUCGUGGGCACUAUCGUGAAGGCUCGCGACAAGCUGUACCACCCAGAGUGCUUCGUGUGCGACGACUGCGGCACCAAUCUGAAGCAGCGCGGCUACUUCUUCAUCGAGGAGAAUCUGUACUGCGAGACGCACGCCAAGGCCCGCGUGCAGCCCCCCGAGGGAUACGACGUGGUGGCCGUUUACCCCAACUCCAAAGUGGAGAUCAUGUGA